AUGUCUUUUACUGUCACUGCAGAGAGUAUCAGGCUUACAGACACGGCACUGAUGUGUAUCUUCUGCUGCUGGUAUGUGAGGCCACUGACAUGCAGCACGUACAGUCUUCCCUCCAUCAUUGCAUGGAGAGGAGACAAGGAAGCAAUCGACUCAUAUGGGCCUGCUGCCAACGGGAAUGCUUUUUAUAUAGUGAGUUGUGACAUCAUGGGGGCACUGGGGAAAACACAUUUUAAGCAUGUUGUUUUGCCUGAGCUUCCUGAGAGGUAUAUAACGGCACUGGCAGAUUCUGAGGAGGAGGAAAGUGACGAUGACCGAAAGCCACUGCAGGAACCAGUGGAUGAGCUCACGGCCCUGCUGCGGAAAGCAGACCGACUGCACAGCUGUAACGGGGCCGAGAAAGCACAAGGCCUGAAUGCUCUGCUGGAGAGGAAAGCAGAGUUCGAUCAGAAGUGCCAGUACCUUUGGCGGUUGUCCAGAGCCUAUGCAGACGCACAUGAUUUUGCUGUAGACCUUGCAGAGAAGAAGAGCUGCGCUGAGAAUGGAAAAAAAGUGGGUGAAGAGGCAAUUUCCUUCAAUCCACAGUGUGCUGAAGGUCAUCAGUGGUAUGCUAUACUCUGUGGGCUCUUGUCAGAAUAUGAAUCUAUUCAGAAUAAAAUAAAAAAUGGUUAUCUUUUUAAGGAUCAUCUGGAUAAAGCAAUUGAGCUGAAACCUGAAGAUCCUCUGUCGUAUUACUUGCUGGGCCGCUGGUGUUAUGCUGUGUCACAAUGUACGUGGAUAGAGAGGAAAAUCGCUGCUACAUUGUUUGGAGAGCCACCCAGUGCCACAGUCCAGGAUGCCCUGCAGAACUUCCUCAAGGUAGAAGAGAUCAGUCCCAAGUAUUCAAAAUUCAACUAUGUGUUUUUAGCCAAGUGUUACAAAGACUUGGGUCAGAGGAGUCAAGCCCAACAGAUGUGUGACGCUGCCUCUGCAAUGAACAUUCAGACUAAAGAGGAUGAGGAGGCACAGAAGGAAUUGGACUCUUUUGUUGCAUCACUUUAACAAGUCUCCAACAAAAGCUGUCUGUCUUUGUGUUCCGUCUCUUUGAACUCAACUGUGACUGGACUGUAGCUGUUUACCCACAAACCAACAUAUGAACUACUAAUGUUGGGCAGGCCACGUUAUUCCU